AUGGGUAGGGUAAAGCUAAAGAUAAAGAGGUUGGAGAACACCAAUGGUCGCCAAGCAACAUAUGCUAAAAGGAAAAAUGGGAUUAUGAAAAAAGCUGCUGAAAUAUCUAUACUUUGUGAUAUAGAUAUUAUACUUCUUAUGUUUGCACCAAAUGGAAAGCCUUCAUUAUGUAGGGGGAGGCACAGUAACUUUGAGGAGGUUAUUGCGAAGUUUGGUCAACUAACUCCUCAAGAAAGGGCAAAAAGGAAGUUAGAAACUCUUGAAGCACUGAAGAAAACAUUUAAGAAGUUAGAUCAUGAUGUAAAUGUACAAGAAUUUAUGGGUACAAGUAGUCAAACUAUUGAGGAUUUGAGUAAUCAAGCCAGGCUAUUACAAACUCAAAUUUCUGAAACUCAUAAGAGAUUAAGUCAUUGGACUGAGUUUGAUAAAAUAAGCAAUGUGGAUCAACUAGGACAAAUGGAAAAUUCACUUAGAGAGUCACUUAAUCAAAUUCGAACCCGUAAGGAAAAUAUAAAAAAACAGCAACAACUUAUGUCGCUACAAUGCAAUAAUCAGUUCAACGAAAUGAAUAUUCCUUUUAGAAUGAGUGUAGAGCAACAACUGCAACCUUUGUCAUGGAUUGCCAAUGAUGAUAACCACAAUAUAGUUUUACCCGAGGACUCAAACAUGUUUCUCCACAAAGAUGUAGAGGGAUCUACAAGUUCAUCUUUUGGGAGUCAUGUCAGUUAUCUUGGCUCAAGUAUCAAGAAUGACAUGUCAAACUCAGCACAAGAAAAUGGAGUCCUUAGUGAUAUGAGCAAUACUGCCCCAAUGAGGCUACAAUUAAAUGGGCAUUUUCCAUACCUACCUUACAAUUUUAAUUUACCGAACAAUUUGAAGUUUCAACCAACUGCAGAGAUCAACCCUUAUGAAAAUCCUGUAGAUUAUCAUGUUAAUGGAGGCUUUGAAGCACCUAGAUCUGGUUAUGACUCUAACAAUCACCAUGAUUGGGCUUCCACAUCAGGGCCUUGUGGUGUUACUAUGUUUGAUGAGCAAUUAUAUGCCCAGGCAAGCUCCACUAAAAUGAACUUUGGUUUUAUAUAG